AGCACAAGCUGCAGGUGCAGGCCUGGUGUAGUCUCCUGUCUGGACAGUGGGAAGAGAGCAACGCAGAAGGACCCCGGCUCACUAGUGCCUUUACAUUGGUUUGGCUUUAGCUGUGCAGCACUGAUUGCUUCUGGUGGGAUCAUUGGCUAUGCAAAAGCAGGUAGCAUGCCGUCCUUGGCUGCCGGGCUCCUCUUUGGGGACUUAGCAGGCCUGGGUGCUUACCAGCUGUCUCAGGAUCCGAGGAACGUCUGGGUUUUCCUAGGUGCGUCUGCCUCAGUGUCUCAGCGCAGCUAUGUAUCCAGAAUACUCAACUGAAAGGCCCUGGUUUGGUGGGAUGU